AUGGUUAUGGGUAAUUCAAAAUUCAAAAUUCCAUUUUUCGGAAUCAAUUACGUGUGCGACAAAUUGUACAACAUUUUGACACCGUCUAUUCUGUUGGUAUUUGCUUGUUUCCUAUUAAUGAAGAGCAAACUUGGCACUCCAAUUUCGUGCAUUUUUCCGAAGUCGUACAAUGAAAAAUUGAUUGAAAUUUCAAAAUCGAUUUGUUGGAAUUCGAAUGAUACUUAUCUCUACAUGGACAUGUUCCAUGAAAAGGCCGCAACUGAAGUGUUCAAAUAUACCUAUUUAUGGCUUUUCUUCUUGUCUUUUAUGUUAGCCGCAAUCGGAUUUAUUUGGAUGGGACUCGAGUCAUAUAUUGGCUCAUCAAUGAAAUAUUUUUCGGAAACUACUGACAUUAUCAAAAAUCUGUAUGAAUGGGAACGAGCUGAAAAAGUGGAUGAAAUGGCUCGAAAAAUGACCAAUAUUCAAACGUUGCCGGUCAUUAAAAGUCGAUCAAGGAUUUUGAUUAAAAAUCUAGUUAUCAAGUUGUUCUAUAUCGGAUGUGUUAUGUUCCAAUUUCUUGCAAUGAGCCGCAUCAUUGGGGAGAAUUUCGAUGCCAUUUGGGGAAUUCAGAUUUUGGCCGGCAAACAUUUUCAGAUCACUUAUGAUGCCGCAGUGAAUUUCCCGCACAUUGUUUACUGUAGCAUACGCACAUUGAAAUAUCCGUUUGGCUGCGAUACAUUCCCAUGUGUUAUCGCAUUUAAUUUGCUAAAUGAGUAUAUUUUUGCACUGCUUUCAAUUUGGAUGACAAUUCUUCUCAUUAUCAUGGCUGCUGACAUCGCCAAAUUUGUUGUGAAAGUUCAAAAUUGUUCGUAUAUGAAACAAGUUAUCUCAGAUGUAACAUUUAGCGAAGAGGCAUUUCUUAUAAAUUAUAUCACAUUCAUCAAGAUCAGCGGGAAAGAAAUUUCUAUUCGAUUGGCUCGUCGCCUUCAAUAUUGCAUUGGAUUUGAUGCUGUUGUGGGCAUUCAAAUCGUCUCCGACAUUUCCCAGACGCUGGGUCUGCAGUUGAUGCGCAAAAUGGUGGAUUGUCACCUUAUAGAUCACGAUUUCGAGGAAAAUGAGCAAAUGUUCCAGAUUUUAAAUGUUCCAGAUGAAUGA